AUGUCAGCAAUGAUGAUCAUAACAAUUGUGCUUUUGCUCCUUGCCACCCCUGCAUGUCAGGGACAAACUACUGUCGACCCUUUAGAAUCUGAACACAACACCACAACGACGACACCGAUACCAACAACCACCACCAGUCAAUAUUCCGAAGUGUAUGAAGCUCAUGCCCGUCAUUAUUUGGAAAUUGCUGAAAAGGGAUUUGCACACAUCUACAAUCGUCGACGAGACCUCUUCCAUGGUCUGACAAAGAAACGCGUCAGCAUCAGUGAAAUCAAUCAGGCUAAUGUCCAACAUGAAAUCGAUAAUGAAUACUAUCAACUGGUGUAUGAGUUGGCAUCGAACCUGAGUGUGAUUCCUGUGAAGCAGUUGAAAAAUGAAACGUUAAGGCGUCAAGUGCAAAGACUCUCAAAAUUGCAAUUACAUGGAUUAAAUCGUCACGACUAUGAACGUUCAAAGGCAUUGCUGCGAGUUAUACAAUCGUUCAUCACCUCGCCAUUGGUUUGUCAAAACGAUUGUAAAUCGGCCACAGAUAAAAAUGUUGCCUUCGAACCGACAAUUAAAUCCUUCAUCGAGCAUAAUAAAAAUAAGGAUCAUUUAUAUUUUUAUUGGCUGAAAUGGCGCCAUGCUCUGAAUAAGGAUGCUAAUUGGGCUCAGGAUACAUUUUUGGAAUAUGUCGAUUUGUGGCGCAAGGCAGCGGCUUAUAAUGGUCAUGUUACCCCUUCGCGUACAUGGUAUCUAUAUUACGAUACCGAGAAUUUUCAACGUGAACUUGAAGAAGUUGUCUGGGAAAUAAUGCCAUUAUAUCAAGAGCUGCAUGCCUAUUUGCGUCAUUGGGCACGCCAUCAAUAUGGCAAACAUUUGACCGAUGCUACAGAUGGUGCCAUACCGGCACCAGUAAUGGAACAGAUUAUCACACAAGAUUGGUAUGCUAAUCCAAUAUUUCGUAUACCAUUCCCCAAACAUCCAUUGCCAACGGUUAAGCAACGUUUAGAGGAGGUAAUGGACACACCAGUGCAGAUGAUAAAGAAAUCCUCGGAAUUCUAUGAAUCGAUGCAUUUGAAUAAAUUGAACAAAACAUUUAUGGACAAAUUUGUACGACGCAUCAAUGAAGAUGACCCGAAUAAAGUUUGCAGCGUUGAGGUGUCAUAUUUUCCACCGGAUGUUGCCUUGAGAUUUUGUAAUAAGGUUGAUUAUCGUGCCUUUUUGCAAAUGCAUGGCCAUGUUGCGGAACUCCAAUAUAACAUGUAUAAAUCCAAUUUGCCUGUGGGCUUGGACAAGGAACCUUGCCCUGGUUUUGGUAGUGCAUUGGGUGAAGCUUUUAUUAUUGCUGCUGGUACGCCGCGUCAUUUAAGCCGCUUGGCUAUUGUGGUCAAUGAUAGUCUACCGCCGGAGCAGUCUCUUAAUCGUUUAUUCCGCAUGGGUGUUCACACCAUUAUGGCCAUACCACAAUAUUUUAUAAAUGAUAAAUACUUCGUGGAUGUUAUGGAUGGCAGGAUUAGUCCCAGGGAAUAUAAUUGUGCCUAUUGGAAACUACAACAUAAAUAUGCUGGUGUAGUGCCGCCGAGUAGACGUAAUGAAAUGAGUUUUGAUCCAGAUUUUAGAUUCUACAAAGGUCUGAGUCCCGAUAAAUCGAAUACCAUCAAAUUUAUUUCCGAAGUUUUGGGUCUACAAUUUUAUCGGUCAUUUUGUAUGCUCAGUGCUGAAUAUAAACCGGGUAAUCCGGAACAUCCGUUAUACAAUUGUGAUUUUUAUAAUAGCACAGCAGUGGGGGAUGUUGUCAAGAAAAUGAUGAAAAUGGGUGCCACCAAACAUUGGCGUGAUAUCAUGGCAAUAGCAACAAAGGAGCGUCGUCUAAGUGCCCAGGGUGUCAUGGAAUAUUUUGCACCACUGUACAUUUGGCUAAAGGAGCAGAAUAAGAAAUUGGGUCUUAUACCCGGAUGGGAUGAUGAUAUACAAUGCGGAAAUUAUUUCUAAGCGUUGAAUAUGUUAUU